AUGUUUAACUCUCGUUUAUCGAAGCUAUCGCGUAGCAUAUCUUUAUUUUCGAGGAGCUCACUUUUACGAACUCGUUUAUUCUCUUCAAGUGCUCCUGCUGCCUCUGAAACUGUAACUCUUCCCGAAACUUCUUUUGAAUCAUACAAAUGUGACCCGCCUUCAUACAAUGUAGAAGUUGACAAAGAAGAAAUGAUUCAUAUGUACAAGCAAAUGGUUAUUAUGCGGCGAAUGGAGCUGACGGCGGACGGUUUAUACAAGUCAAAAUUCAUUCGAGGAUUUUGUCACUUGUGUACAGGCCAGGAAGCCGUUUCCGUUGGCAUGGAAGCUGCAAUUACACCAGAUGAUCAUGUUAUCACAGCAUACCGUUGUCACGGCAAAAAAACCGGUGUUUCGAAAGGUAAAGGUGGCUCUAUGCAUAUGUUUGCUAGAAACUUUUAUGGUGGUAAUGGUAUCGUUGGUGCACAGGUUCCUGUUGGUGCGGGUAUAGCAUUCACACAACAGUAUCUAAAUACAAAACAGGCCACCUUCGUUUUAUAUGGUGAUGGUGCUGCGAAUCAAGGACAAGUUUUUGAAGCCUAUAACAUAUCAAAAUUAUGGAAUCUUCCUGCAAUAUAUGUAUGCGAGAAUAAUCAUUAUGGAAUGGGUACUUCAGCAAGUCGAAGUUCAGCAGAUACAAAAUAUUUUACACGUGGACAUUAUAUUCCCGGUCUCCAAGUGAAUGGGAUGGAUAUACUUGCUGUUCGUCAAGCGUGUAGCUGGGCUAAAGAUUGGGUUCUCAAUGAUAAAGGACCUCUAGUCUUGGAAAUGGUGACUUAUCGUUAUGGUGGUCAUUCGAUGUCUGAUCCAGGUACAAGUUAUCGCACCAGGGAGGAAAUACAACACAUGAGAAGUACGAAAGAUCCGAUAACAGGACUAAAGCAACGUUUAUUGGAUCUGGGUUUCUUAACUGAAUCAGAAAUAAAGCAAAUUGAUAAAGAGGCUCGCACAAUCAUUGAGGAAGCAGCAAAAGCCGCGCAAAAUGAUCCAUUCCCAGAGGACUCGGAGUUAUUUACGCAUAUAUAUGCUAAAGGAACCGAACCUCCAUUUAUUCAUGGUAGAGAAAAAGAAGAAGUGGGACGUGUUUUAUAA